AUGGCGGCAACAGUAUCAUCAGAACUCCCAAGCUUUGUCUUUCCUGAAACCCCAAGUCCGUUUUUGGUUCGUCCCUUGUUGAAAGUCAUUAUAGCGAGCAAGCUCAAUGGCUGUCAAAGAGAUGAAGGUGUGUUCGAUAACGAGGCUUUUGUCUUGAGAGGCCCGCUCGAUGUCUCGUUCGAGGACCGUCCUGUCCCCAAAAUCACCGAUCCCUAUGGCGUUCUCAUUCGAGUCGAUUACACUGGCAUCUGCGGAUCUGAUGUGCACUACUGGUGCGAUGGGAAGCUUGGACCCUUCGUACUCGAAAGUCCAAUGGUCCUAGGUCAUGAAUCAGCCGGAACGGUCAUUCAGGUCGGUGCCAAGGUGCAGUUACUUCAACAAGGCGACAGAGUAGCAAUGGAGCCAGGCAUUCCGUGCAGACGAUGUGACAGAUGCAAGGAAGGCAAUUAUAACAUUUGUCUAGAAAUGGCCUUCGCCGCAACACCUCCCUACGAUGGCACGCUGGCCACAUACUACGUCCUGCCAGAAGACUUCUGCUAUAAACUCCCCGAGAACGUCAGUCUAGAGGAAGGUUCAAUGCUUGAACCACUCUCUGUGGCUGUGCACAUCCUGCGACAAUCGAAUAUUAAGCACGGCGAUACUGUCGUGGUCUUUGGAGCUGGCCCUAUCGGGCUACUCUGCUGUGCUGUGGCCAGAGCCUACGGAGCCCGAAAGAUCAUUGCAGUUGACAUCCAACAUCAACGGCUCGAAUUUGCGAGCGAGUUUGCCGCCACUGCCACCUACAAGCCAUCUUCAGGCUCACCAGAGGAGAAUGCCCAGGCACUCAAGAAGGAACAUAAUCUCGGCACAGGCGCAGAUGUCGCGCUCGACGCCAGCGGUGCCGAAGCAUCAGUUCAGACGGCUAUCCAUGUGCUUAGACACGGUGGUUCGUAUGUACAGGGAGGACUGGGUCAUGAGCAAGUGCAUUUUCCGAUAGCAGGAGCUUGCACCAAGGAGUUGACUAUUCGGGGCUCUUUUAGAUAUAGUGCGGGAGACUAUCAGACUGCACUGAACCUAGUUGAAGCAGGAAAAGUUAACGUUAAGCGACUUAUCACCAGCAAGGUCAGUUUCAAAGAAGCAGAAAGCGCCUUUCAAGCUGUGAAAGCUGGCAAGGAGAUGAAGGUCCUAAUAGCCGGCCCGCAAUAG